AUGAAGGCUGAGUAUCGGACUCAUUUAUUAGCUUCAAUAGAUUGUGCUAGAUUUCUCCAACACCAAGGUUUGGCAUUUCAUGGUCAUGAUGAAUCUGAUAUCUUUGAAAAUCAGGGAAAUUUUCUUGAACUUUUGCACUUCCUUGCAGGUCAUAAUGAUGAUAUAAAAAAGGUUGUUCUUGAAAAUGCCCCUAAAAAUCUCAAACUCAUUGCUCCAGAUAUUCAAAAGGAUAUUUCAAAUGCUUUGGCAAGUGAGACUACAAGUAUUAUUGUAAAUGCCAUUGGACACAGAUUGUUUGCUAUUUUAUGUGAUGAAUCUCGUGAUGCAUCAACAAAGGAGCAAUUAACAAUUGUUAUACGUUACAUGGAUUCACAUGGAUAUGUGAUUGAGUAUUUUCUUGGCAUUCUACAUGUAAGAGAUACUACUGCUCUUUCACUUAAGAAAGCAAUUGAUGUUUUAUUUUCAAAGCAUGGUUUGAGCAUGUCACAAAUCCAUGGUCAAGGUUAUGAUGGUGCUAGUAACAUGCGAGGUGAAUAUAAUGGUUUAAAAACUUUGAUCAUGAAGGAAAAUGGUUUUGCAUUUUAUAUUCAUUGUUUUUGCACAUCAGCUUCUGCAAAGAAACAUGUCCAAGUCGUCCAAGUCUCUUCUAUGUAUAAUACACUGUCUACCUUAGUGCAUGUUCUUGAAGGUUUAUCUCAAAGACAAGAAAUUCUUAGAGUACAACGACUUAAGAAAGUCGUUGACGAUCUAAUGACUGGAGAACUUGUGAGUGGUCGGGGCUUAAAUCAAGAAACUAGCCUUCAAAGAACUUGUGAUACACGUUGGAUGUCUAUUCUUGCCUUCGAAUUCAACUUCAUUCCUGGCUUUCCAGAUCUGCCAAAGAAUUUCCACUGUUAA